AUGGGCUGUGCACCAAGCAGCGAAGUCUUUCAGCCAAUUCCUGACAGUUUUGAAUCUAUUGAGGAAGUGCAGAAAGCUCUUCGACAAGUGGGGCUGCAGUCUUCAGAUUUAAUAAUUGCGGUCGACUUUACAGAAUCAAAUUUGGUGAAGGGGGCGGAAACUUUCGAAGGUCGCUCGUUACACUAUUUGGACAAGACUGGCCGUGUGAGGAAUCCAUACCAGGAACUAAUUUCAGCUAUAACACGAGUAUUUGAGCUCUUUGACGACGACGAUUCGAUUCCAGCCUUUGGUUUCGGUGGCUAUCCAGAACGACCAGUGGAAAAGAGAUAUUUUCCAUUUGUAGAAGGUCGAGGUUGUGAAUUGGAUGAGGUGUUGCAGCAAUACUUUGCAAUAGCUUCCAGGAUGGAACUCAAUGCUUCAGCCAGUUUUGUACCCGUGAUUCACAAAACAAUCAAGAUGGCCAGGAAAUCGAGCAGGUAUCACAUUUUGAUUAUCAUAUCAAAUGGUCACAUUGAUGAUCCUGCUCUGGUCCGAAAAGCCAUUGUGGAAGCAUCUGAAUACCCCAUUUCCAUUGUCAUGAUUGGUGUCGGUGAUGGCCCCUGGAAUAUCAUGAAAGAAUUUGACGACCAGCUACCUGAACGCCUUUUCGACAACUUUCAAUUUGUAGAUUACAACACUAUUCCUAGAGGUAACCUGAACAAUCCAGAUGGAGGGUUUGCAUUGCAAGCACUUAUGGAGAUCCCAGAACAAUACAAUAAAAUGCAAGCGCUUGGACUGAUCAAGAACUAG